GGACUUUUAUUUCGAAAGGUCCCGACAGGAAGUGAAGACGAGCGUUAGCUCCCGGUGCUAACGGCUAAUCGGUACCAGGUGAUUAAACGGCGUGACGUCACGUCUGACGAAACGUUUGUUUGAUUUAAACCGACUUUGAAGCCCGGAUACAUACCGGAUACAUACCGGGAUACAUACCGGGAUACAUACCGGGAUACAUACCGGGAUACCGUUAGCCACCUAGCGGGCUAGCGCGAGCGUUCGGUUGCCUGGCAACAGACCGGAAGCCAAACAAACCGGGCUCGCGGCUAACAGGUGUGACCGUCGGUAAAGUCUCCGGUGUGACCGUCGGUAAAGUCUCCGGUGUGACCGUCGGUAAAGUCUCCGGUGUGGCCGUCGGUAAAGUCUCCGGUGUGACCGUCGGUAAAGUCUCCGGUGUGGCCGUCGGUAAAGUCUCCGGUGAUGGCGGAGGACGGCGGCAGACGAGCGGACGAAGAGGAGCGCGGGCCCGGCGCGGCUCACCAGGUGUUCGCGGUGAUGGAGUGUCUGCUGGAGAAGCUGAAGGUGCUGAACUACGAGGAGGAAGUCCUGCACAGACACAACAUGAAGAACCUGUCCAGACAUUACUUCGUCUCCAGUCCGUACCUGGCGUUCAACUCGGGCGAGCAGUUCUACAUGUUCACCAUCAUCGCGGCGUGGCUCAUCAACAUGGCGGGCAGGCCGUUCACAGAGCCUCAGGAGUACGACGAACCCAACGCCACCGUGUCCAACAUCCUGUCCGAGCUCAGGGCGUUCGGUGUUAAAGUGGACUUCCCGCCCUCCAAACUGAAAUCCGGUUCGGGUGAACACGUCUGCUUCGUGUUGGACCGCCUGGCUGAGGAGGCUCUGAAGAGGAGGGGCUUCUCCUUCAAAAGACCGAACUACCCAACAGAAACCACAGAAGAAGAGUCCGUGGUCGAGGACAACGCGGAGCUCACGCUCAGCAAAGUCGAGGAGGAGAUGAUCGAGGAGCCCGAUGAGGACGAGGAGAACGUCAUGGACCUGGAGGCUCUCAAGUUACGGAGCACGCACACCGAAGCAGAAGCAUCCUCCAAGCCGGACGAGAUCCUGGAGUCGACGGUUGAUGCAGCAGAGUGGAACCUGGAGGUGGAGCGAGUCCUGCCCCAGCUCAAAGUGACCAUCAGGACGGACAACAAGGACUGGAGGAUCCACGUGGACCAGAUGCAUCAACACAGAGACGGCAUCAAGUCGUCGCUCAAAGAGGCCAAGAGCUACCUGGACAAACUGCAGGAGGACAUCGGGAAGACUCUGGAGAAGGUGAGCAGCAGAGAGAAAUACAUCAACAACCAGCUGGAGCAUCUGAUCCAGGACUACCGCGGCGCUCAGGCCAAACUCAGCGAGGCGAAGGAGCGCUACCAGCAGGCCAGUGGAGGAGUGACGGAGAGGACCAGAGUCCUGGCAGAGAUCAGCGAGGAGCUGGAGAAGGUGAAGCAGGAGAUGGAGGAGAAAGGCAGCAGCAUGUCUGACGGAGCUCCGGUGGUGAAGAUCAAGCAGAGUUUGACGAAGCUGAAGCAGGAGAUCGUUCAGAUGGACGUGAGGAUCGGUGUGGUGGAGCACACGCUGCUGCAGGCCAAGCUCAAAGAGAAGUCCAACAUGACACGAGACAUGCACGCCACCAACAUCCCCGAGCCGGCCGCCGGGUCCUUCGCCUGAGUCCACGUCCAGGCCGUGACACUGCACGAGAACCGAGCGUGUCUCAGGAUGUCUCCGCUCUCUUUGUCCUGAAUGUCACUGAUUUAUUUCUCAGGUUCAGUUUUCAUGAAUAGUAUUUGGCAUCAUAUUUUGUGUAUGAAAAUAAACUUUGAUGGAAAAAC